AUGCAAGACACCAGGGACCCACGAACCAUUCUCGUGCCGGAGCUCCACACGGGCCCGUUUGACUUCCGACCCUACGUCUUCGCGGUCCGCAAGUGCCUGUGGGAGGAGUGCGUGGACCGGUUCGACGUCGUGCUCGACAACUUUUUCGACCACGAGCUGCACGAGCGCCUGAUCGGAUACAUAACCAGCACGCCGAUCGACCUCGGCGAGGUCGACAUGCAGAUCUACAUCUGGCAGUGGACCGCCGACUACCUCGUCGAGCUCUUCACCGAGGCCCAGGUCGUGCCGCCGGGCAGCAGCUGGCCCCUCAGGAUCCGGGGCACGCCCUACUCGAUCCUCGAGGAUAUCCGCCGCGAGUCGUGCGAGACUCUGGCGUACCUCUGCGACGACCAGUUUGCCAUUGGCCGUCGGCGCCACGUGCGCCGCCAGUGA